AUAAAAAGCGCAGCGCCUGUUCCGCCGCCUUCUCCCAGGCGCAAAGCCCGGCCCGAGGACAUUGGCCUUAAAGGGGAACCCCAAGCCACUUUUCCUGGUUUCUCUCCUCUCCCUCGCCUGAAAUCUGUACGGUCAAAAUGUUCAGGUGCGGCCUGGCCUGCUGGAGGUGCAGAUGGAUCCUGCCCCUUCUUUUGGGGAUAGCCAUCAUCUUUGGCAUCAUCGCCUUGGCUGGCAAGGGAUGGCUGGAGUCGGCCCAAGCCCCCUACGCGCGUAAAGCCGGGUUGUGGUGGGACUGUACCAAAAACAAACCCGACGAUGUGGACUGGAUGUGCAGUUCUCUCAUGGACUACAGUUGGGGCAGAGCUUCUGCUGCUACAUAUCUUGUCGGUUUUGUCAUCCUCUGCAUCUGUUUCUGCUUAGCAGUCAUAGCAUUUUCCAUUGAUAUAUUGCGGUUUAAUUUCGUUCGAGGAAUUGGUGGCUUGCUCUUCGUUGUUGCUGCUUUCCAGAUCUUAGGCUUGGUCAUCUACCCAGUGAAAUACACCGAAGAUAUUAUAUUGACGGGAAGCAACAUGUUCAGCUGGGCUUAUGGUUUUGGUUGGGCAAGUACAGUGAUUGUGAUAGGUUGUGCCUUCUUUUUCUGCUGUCUUCCCAAUUGGGAAGAUGAAGUCCUGGGUAACAUAAAACCCUAUAGGCAUGAUGGCAUUUAACCAGUUGGAUGUGGACUUUAUAGAAGAUACUUUUAGGAAAUAAAGCAAUGUUGUUUCUAACAUUUGUUUGUUUGUUUGAAUAACAGUUUAUUUUUAGACAUUCCUGUUUUCAGACUUAUUUUGUUACAAAAGAGAGAGAGAGAGAGAUUGCAUUCUGAAUUUUGUUAACUAAUAAUAAUAAUUCCUUUCAGGAAUUAAUUGUUUUGGGUAAAGGACAGAAGUUUUGGUGAGGUGAUUUAUUCCAAGAUAAUAUUUUACUGAAUAAAUAUAUAAGGUGUUUUUUUUAAAAAAUGUCAAACAAUUUUAAGCUUUUAUUUUUAGUCUGUGGUUCAGAAUCCUUAUCCAAACAUUUAUUAAUAAAAUAAUUGUUUGAAAAUGUAGUUAUUUAUACAUUUAGUACGCAAUCCUCUAAGCAUUAAAUUCUGUUAAUAUUAUUUUACUGGCAUUUCUGUUAUAGUAAUGCUUCAUGGCUUACUUGAUAUUAAAUGAAUUAACACUAUAGAAUUCUAUAUGUGCAGGUUUAUCAUGUUAAAGAAUUUAUGUGACAGCUUCCCUGUUCCCCAUUAUUGGAUGCUUCUAGACAAGGUUAGGUCUGCUCUAUUCAGAUAAUUAGUGUAGAGUAGUUAGCUAUUUUGUGUUUUUUCUGAUCCUCUGCUCUCAUUAAAGAAAUCUCUUGAGAUAUUUCAUUAAUUGGUAGUAAUGCCCACAAUCUUCCAUCUGAAUUUACCUACAUACUUCUUAACAUUUAUAUAUUGAAUAUGUCUCAUAGAUUAGGGAGAAGGUAAAACUAAGUUAUACUUUUCAAUUUCCUUUCUUCUUCUCAAUAUCUGACAAUUUUAUUCUCGGCAUAUAGAGUUAAAGCAAAAACACAACAACCCCCCCAAACCAAAUAACUAUUAGAUGGCAAACCUAUUAGGCAAAAAAACCCCAAAGUUGGUUUAUUGGAUAGAUGCAGUUAGAAAGUGCUUUUCUGCUGCCAAUUUUCUCUUCCCAUUUUAUCAUGACUACACCCCAUAUACGUAUUUUUAAUUCAAAUGGCACUGAAUCAAAGAUGAAUCAAAGUUAGCACCAUGUAUGGUUGCUUUUUCAAGGUUCUGCAGGAUUAGUUACUUGGUAGUGGAAUAAUAAUAUAGACUUGCCUUUCCAAAUUUAACCAUAUAUACAACGUAGCUCACAGAUAGGCAUUGUGAUGUCUGUGGGUGCAGAGAACAACUUAGGACAACUCCAGUGGGGCUGGUCAGGCUUCUGCAGCAUUAGACUUUAUUUUUUUAACUAAAAUAUAUGGAAUGCUUGCAUGUUGUAAAACAAAAUGCCAGUCGGUGACAUAUUUAUUUACAAGAAUACCUAUGGAUCUCUAUCUAUGGACCCCAGAGGGUUCCAAAAUAAAAGUGGUACUUGGGUGUAAGUUUAGCAAGAAAAAGACAAUGAAAAAUCGCAGCGGUACAAAGCAUUGAUAAAAUGGGUUAGGGAGUUAUGUAGAAUAAUCAUGUCACAUUCUUUUAAAAGAACCUCUGUGAGUUGCUGCCUGGUUGUCAACACACACUGUGGUAGCCAUUGUGUAAACAGAUAUGCCUUUGGCAGUCAGAAUGUCCAUAUUCCUCCAGUACACAUUCAGAAUCCCAACACUAUGGAUGUUUAGUCAGUAACAGGACAGAGACUUCAGUCAUUCUUAAUCUUAAAUAAACAUAGAGAAGAUUGCAGAGAAUUUAAUAUCAUUUAUCUCAGUAGAAAAAUUAAAUAA